GCAUGACAGCGGCGCUUUGACAGAUUGACACGUCAGUAUCCAGCAGCACAUCACAAGUUUGCUCUUGUGAGCCCCUCGCGCUCCGACUUCUUCACGACUAUAAGAUCAGGCAAAGGUUCGGAAGGGCUUUCCCAUUUCACAUGACCAUACACUGAGGUGUCUAAUGGCCUCCAGCUCAGGGCUGUCCAUCUGAGAAAGGCAGACACUUAAAGAGAGAGAAGAGUUUCCCACAGAGCAUGGCCUCUGGCAAAGAAGAUGGCGUGGAUGAAAGAACGGUGGACAUUAAAGAAGAGGACUGUGAGCGGCUCACACCAGAGGAUGUGUGUGUGAACCUGGAGGAUCACGAAGAAAGAAUUUCAGUUUUUAAAAGGGAGGACUGCAAGGAGGCGAUUGCUGCCAUUAAAGCUGAGGAUUUGAAUGAUUUCUCCGUUGGUCUUGAACUUCAAAAGCAUGAAACUGAGGAUAUUUUCAAGCAAGAUGCCUGUGAAGAAUCUCCAUCCAGUUUACAGCCCUGGUCCACUAAUACGGGACGACUGGCUACACAGGAGAAUUCUGUAGAGCUGAAAUCAGAGUUAUCGGAGUCUGAAGAGAAAAUCACCGAGGGAAAUGGGAGAGAAGGAGAAGAGUCACCUGGGAGUGUUGGAAUAAAUUUACAGAAGAAUGGCAGCUUCUCUUCACCUUCAUUUGGUCAGCCCUCUCCUCAAUACAAAGAGAAAGAUAUGAAGAAAUCAGCAAGAGGAUCAGAUGACCAGACAGCAGCCUUUUUGCAGUGCAAUUCUCUCCCUGCUACUGGAGUAACACAGACAGAAGCCAUCAAAACUGAUCGACAGCAAGUGGAGAAAGAAAAUCAAAUUCAUACUGGAAAAAAAUGUUGUUUGGAAUGUGGCAAACAAUUCACAUGCAAAAGUGAUCUUAAUAAGCAUAUGAAGAUCCACACUGGAGAUAAAACAUAUUGUUGUCAUGAAUGUGGUAAGUCGUUCUCAAGGAGAAGCUAUGUUCGGGACCACAGAAGAAUCCAUACAGGAGAAAAACCUCAUUGCUGUUCAGAAUGUGGUAAGUCGUUCUCAUGGAUAAGCCAUCUUCAGAGACACAGAAGAAUCCACACAGGUGAAAAAUCUCAUUGUUGUCCAGAAUGUGGUAAGUCUUUCCAAAACAGAAGCCAUCUUCAGAGGCACAGAAUAAUCCACAUAGGAGCAAAACCUCAUUGUUGUCCAGAAUGUGGCAAGUCCUUCUCAUGUAUAAGCAAUCUUAAGAGGCACAGAAAAAUCCACACAGCAGAAAAACCUUAUUAUUGUCCAGAAUGUGGCAAGUCGUUCUCAUAUAUAAGCAAUCUUAAAAGCCACAUAAGAAUCCACACAGGAGAAAAACCUCAUUGCUGUUCAGAAUGUGGUAAGUCGUUCACUUGGAGAAGCCAUCUUCAGAGACACAGAAGAAUCCACACAGGAGAAAUACCUCAUUGCUGUUCAGAAUGUGGAAAGUUGUUCUCAAGGAGAAGCUAUCUUCUAAAGCACAGAAGAAUCCACACAAGAGAAAAACCUCAUUGUUGUGCAGAAUGUGGCAAACAAUAUUCUCACAAAUGCAGUUUUCAAAGGCACAAACAAAUUCAUACUGGAUAGAAGCCAUAUUGCUGUUCUCAAUGUGGAAAAAAGUUUUUCAACAUUAGCUGUUUUCGACUACACACA